GUGCUUUCUGCCAGGGGUGAAUUACUGCCCCCACCUGCAGAGCAUCGAAGGCCUUCCGAGUGCGAAGACAGUGGGGGCGAAUGCAACGGUGGAGCGGAAUCGGACCGCCGUAUCCUUUCUCCUCCCCAUCCUACGAGCUCCCCAACUACUUCCAGCUCCCCGUCUGUGGAUAUCCCACGUAUUCCUCAACUGCCAUACCCUACACCUGCAGAAGGGGACCUGUCGGGGCCCUCUCAGGCGAAUGCCAACGCCUUUCAACUCCAAUCUGCCGUCAUCCUCAACCUCCUGGGCUCUCUACUAAACCCACCCCCGCCGACCGGGAACUUCCAGGGAAUCAUCAAUGGGCGACGCAAACGCAAAAUUGCGCCCCAAAAGAUGCCCUCCUCCAGCCAAGCCGGCAGCUCGGAUGCCGAAAUGCCUGGUUAG